CCCAGGUUUGACGAUCUCUGAGAACAUCUACAGUAUCUAUCGCACCAUCCUGAAUUCUGCAAACUUCCUCUGACCUAGCUACGCACGCAUGCACACACUCACACACACGUAUGCCCUCUUUACAAUAGCUAGAAGCACACACACACACACACAUGUAUGCACUCUUUACAAUAGCUAGAAGCACACACACACACGUAUGUACUCUGUACAUUAGAUACAAGACGCAAAGGAACAUUGAAGAGCACUCAGAUUGAUGCGUGCACACAUACACACACACACACACACACACGCAUACACACGUCGUUGCGUUGGAUAGUGCAGCCAUGCUACGCUGCUUCUGCUGGAUACCAGGGAUCAUAUGGACCCUACAGAUGCUGGCCACACACUACGUCGUUUCUCUUCCUCCUCCAGUGAAUCUCUCCAUCCUGUCUUUUAACCUGGAGCACAGACUCACCUGGUUGCCAGGCGAUGGGACACCCACAUCCACCCUCUUUAGAGUGCAAAGACAUCUGGAAAGGCAGCUGUGGCUGGACGUGGCAGGCUGUGUGUCUGUGGGCUGGAGCGAGUCAUGUGACCUGACGUCCUUCCUAGAUGACAUGUAUGAGGCCUAUGUGAUGCGAGUACAGGCCUUCAGUCCCCACGGCAACGCCACGUCUCCAUGGACACCAUCCCAGACAUUUCAUCCCAUCGCAGAUACUGUGCUAGGGCCCCCUGUACUGCAGGUGUCUGGCUGUGGCGCUUGUCUCCAGCUGCACAUCAGUCCUCCCACCACUAGAGGGCAGCGCCAAAUGAUCAACUUCCUGUACCGCACACUCAGGGCCAACCUCACCCGCACCAGAGACAGAGCACAGUUCAGUCUGAGUGUCCAAUCAGGGGAGAAUAUGAUUGGCUACCUGGAACCAGAGGCGGAGUACUGUGUGACUGUUGUCGUGGUUACGACCUCUAACCUCAACACCAUGCCAUCUCAUCCUCACUGUGUGUACACCAGCCCUGCAUCUGUCAACACAGUCCUCUGUGUCCUCUCUAUCAGUGUCUCCUCCUUGGAUGUCUACUCAGCUGCAGCUGCAGGACCCAGUACAUGUGAUCACUGACCAGCCAGAGCAAACACACACACACACACACACACACUGAUCACUGACCAGCCAGAACACACACACACUGAUCACUGACCAGCCAGAGCACACACACACACACACACACACACACACACACACACACACACACACACACAUACACACACACACACACAUACACACACAGGAGAAUCACCAGGGACAGAACACAGAGAUGCAGCACACAAUACACACAACAUGUGAGCACACAACAAACAGUAGCAGAACUCUCUCUCACACACACACACACACACACACACACACACACACACACACACACACACAAAGGCUCUCAGAGGCAAUGGAGACAUAGCCUGAGUCCAUGUUAAAUAUCUCCAGUAUCUUCACAAGAAGAAAUUGUUUUUUACUUGAUUUUUGCAUGAUUACUGUAAUGGAAUUAGCUUAUAUUGGAUUGGUUAACGAGCUGCAUUAGCUUAUAUUGGAUUGGUUAACGAGCUGCAUUAGCUUAUAUUAGAUUGGUUAACGAGCUGCAUCUAGUGGGCACACUGAGUCUGAUGCCCUUCACAGCGCAGCUCAUCUCAUUUACUGAAACCAAUGCCCCUCAUUCAAGCGUUACUCAAAAGACUACAAGCUUCCAAGAAUCUUUCCCAAAUCUUUCCCAAGUCUGUCGCCCACAUUGAUCCUACUGCUCGGGGUUCCUGUUUUGUUAUUUUGUUAUUAAUGAUUUGUAAAGCACUUUGGAUCAUCCUGCUUGUGUAGAAUUUGCUAUAGAAAUAAACUGACUUGACUUGAA